AUGGAAUCUAGCCCGAAGAGAAGAGUUGGAAGGAAAGUCAGCGAGAAGCACUCCUUCAGAUUUAUUGAUAAGAUCAAUAAGGUUCAAGAGAUUGAUGUAUAUGAUAACGAGAAAAGACUCAUUCUAGUUGGAAAUGAUAGCAAUAGGCGUCUAAAGCAUAUUAUUAACUUUGAUAAAUGCAGUAUUGAACUUCGGGACGAUCCAGUCAAUCAAGUCAUUAAUGAAGAAGAUGUGGAGAUAUAUCUCAAAGAAAGUCUUAAUUGCAAGAAGACCAAAAAGUAUUUAAAGUACAAAGCAUAUGGUGUAUUUGGGAUCUACCAAUUUUACAAGCUCACCUACAUAUGUCUGAUCAGGGACAUCAAGAAGGUGGCUACCUUCCUUGAUUCUCCUAUCAAUGAAAUAAAGGAGGUUGAUCUGUUUGCAAUUCAGUCCAAAAAAUUCUACAAGAAGAUUUUGGGCAAAAAGGAUGUCAAUAUAGAAAGGACAUAUAAAAAGUCAUUCAGAAGUUACAAAAUUUACAAAUAUUUUUAUUUCUCUUACGAUUAUGACUUAACCACGAAUAUUCAGAGGCAAAGGAAAGACAUUGCUCUGAAGGGGUCCAAGCAAGACCUGUUCACUAAGAAGUUCACAUGGAAUGGAGAUCUAGCACUAUUUAAUAAAGUCUUCAAAUAUCAUGAGUGGAUAGUACCUAUUAUUCAUGGAUAUGUGGGAACUUUUACCAUAGAUGAAAUUGAAGGCGAAUACACACUGAUCAGCCGUCGAUCAAGGUUCUCAACAGGAGCUAGAUACUUAAAAAGAGGAAUAAACAAGUUUGGACAUCCUGCAAAUGAAGUAGAGAGUGAGCACAUUCUAUGAAACAAGAAUCCAUUAAGCUCGAGUUAUAUUAAGAUUAGCAGCUUUAUACAAAUGAGAGGAUCUAUUCCUCUGAUAUGGAAAAAUACAAAGAUUACUUCCUUGAAACCUAAGUUCGAGUAUGAUGAAGAGAAAAACAAGGAUUAUAUUAGUAGCUUUCUCCACUUGGACGAAGUCCAGAGAAGAUAUGAUGCUGAGUCUAUUUGAUUCUUCAAUCUGAUCAGACAACAAGAGGGCAAAAAUAAUGAAAGUCUGAUUGGAAAAGGCUUCAGAGAAUUCUUUACCGCAGCUUCAACCUCCAAAGACAAGGUUAUCAAAGAUGAAGAGGAGGAGGGCAUAGAGAUCAUUGAAAUGGAAGAGGCUAAAACACUUGAACACUCAGAAGAAGACUCUGGGAAAUUAGCAAACUCAAAAACAACAGACUCUAGUGAAGAAGAGAAAGAAAGCAAGGAAGACUCAGGCAAAAUACAAGAUGAUUAUGACCUCUGUUUCUUUGGGAAAGGAGAUGGCUUAGACUUAUCACCCAGAAAAGCAAGGACAAUGACCUUUGAUGAUAUAAUGAUGCAGGCUAUGAAAGAAUCUAAAUCUCUCUCUAUAAAGACAAAAUCUGAGGAAGAACUUCCGUAUAACACGGUUUAUUUGGAGAAAGGAGGGAAAACAACCAACCUUAGAAUUCCUGACCUAAAGUUCAUUGAAUUUGACUUCUUGGCGUACAAGAAAUUAGAGGGCCGAAACUUCCUUCACGAUAUCUUGAAGAUGUAUUCGAAUGGUUUUUGAGAUAAUUCAGAGUCUUAUUCAUUCGAUGAAACUAAUACUAGCAGGCCUGUAGAAAAUUUACAAAAAGGGAUCGUUAGAGUUAACUGAAUUGAUUGCUUGGACAGAACGAACUAUGCAAUGACCUUCAUUGCAGCCUGAGCUCUUUACAGACAAAUUGGCGAGCUGUAUAACUCAAAAGAUGCAAGCAAAGGAAUAACUGAGAAAGAAUUCAAAUUUUUCCAGGAUGAGAUAAUGAUUAAGCCAAAACCAGAAGAUGGAGAAAUGGAUGUCUAUCCUUGAGUCAGAGGAAACAUUAUGGUCAAGCUUAGCAAGAUUUAUAGUGAGAAUGGUGAUGCUAUUAGUAAGCAAUACUGAGGCUCGAAAGCUAUGCAUGGAACUUCAAUGAAAAUGGAUAAAAAGGGUGAAGUAGUAGUUGAUUCGAGAAAUGAUAAUGGAGUCAUAUUCACAAAGCGUUUCUUUAAUAACUAUCUUGGUAAGGACAUGAAGAAGCAGAGUGUCCUUUGUUUAAUCACAGGGCACUUUAAGUUUAAAGAAAUAGGUGUGCACCCAUGGAAAAUCGACUUCCAUGCCUUAGACGUUAACUUCGAUUCCACUAUGCAUCACAAGAAUGAAUUCGAGUAUGGAUCCAUAUUUAGUCAAGACAAGCAUAAAACACGAGAAGUUGAGCUCGAAGAAAUGUUUUCUAAUCUAUAA